GCGUUCAUCCUUGUGCUUGAGACUGAGAAGACAAACGGGGGGAAUCAUGGAAAACGUGAAACAGUUUCUUCAGGGAGUGGAGCUCAACAACCGGGCCGCGGCUCUACUGACGGCUGCUGCCUGCGUUGUGGGAGCUCUGGUGGUUCUGGUUCAGAAGGUCUACAGCCACCAAGAGGCGCAGGACAAGAUGCAGAGAGCCAGGAACCGGAGAGCAGACAGCCUGCAGCGGGCUGAACAGGCUGUUCUCCAGUACAAGAAGUCGCAUCCAGUGACCGACUCUGCUUUCAUCUUGUCGCUGUCUCUGUCUGAGCUGACGAAGAACCUGCAGGACGGCUCGCUGAGCCCCGAGGACGUGUUUUACUCUUACAUGGAAAAGACUCUGGAUGUAAACAAAGAUCUCAACUGCUGCACCGGGAUCUUGUUGGAGAGUUUUGACCAGCUGAAAACGGUUGCCUCCUCCAACAAGCGAGGUCUCUUGUAUGGAGUUCCAGUUAGCAUCAAAGAAAACUAUGCGUACAAGAAUUAUGACUCGUCUUGCGGUGUGAUCAUUAAUCUGGACCAGCCUGCCCAGGAGGACAGCGUGCUUGUUAAAGUUCUCAAGCGACAAGGAGCUAUUCCCUUUGUGAAAACCAACUUGCCCCAAGCAUUGUUAAAUUAUGACUGUGGGAACCCCAUCUAUGGGCAGACGGUGAACCCCCACAACCUCCAGAAGACCAGCGGAGGUUCGUCCGGUGGAGAGGGGGCUCUCAUCGGGGGAGGGGGCUCCGUGCUUGGUUUAGGCAGCGAUGUAGGGGGUAGCAUCCGUAUUCCUGCCUCAUUCUGUGGAAUCUGUGGCCUCAAGCCAACAGCAUGUCGGCUUAGUUCACGGGGCUUGAGCCCCAUUUAUCGAGGGCAAAAAUCAGUGCUGUCAAGUCCUGGACCCAUGGCGAGGGAUGUGGACAGUCUGGCUCUGUGUAUGCAGGCUCUGCUCUGUGACGACAUGUUUUCUUUAGACCCCACCGUUCCACCCAUACCUUUCAAUAUGCAGAUAUACCAGAGCUCCAAACCUCUCAGGAUCGGUUACCUAGAAAACGACGGCUACACACAACCGUCUCCAAGCAUGGCCCGAGGCGUCAGAGAGGUCAAAGCUCUGUUAGAGCAAGCAGGGCACACUUUGGUGCCCUACACUCCUCUGAAGAUCAGUGAGGUUAUGAUGGAUCUUAUUGCAAGGGGUACCUUCGCAGACGGAACUACCUCCCUGCGUCAAAAACUGAAGGGGAGCCCUCUGGACCCCUGUCUCAAAACACAGAUUCUCCCUUACUACCUUCCUACAUGGUUGAAGAAAACCAUCUCAUUCCUCCUCAAGCCCCUGUCUCCUCGUGGUUCUGCCAUGCUCAGUGCUCUCUCUGGAAUUGGAUCUGUUGCAGAUCUGUGGAAGCAGCAUGCUGCUGUUGAGGACUACAUUCAGGAAACAAUAGCAGAUUGGAGAAGAUGCAACAUUGACGUGCUGCUGUGCCCUGUGAUCGGACCAGCCUAUAACUUCCUCUACUGCAGCAAGCUUACCAUUGUUCUCUCUUACACAAUGCUUUACAAUCUACUCACCUUUCCUGCUGGCGUUGUUACUGUUUCCACGGUGACGGCAGAGGAUGAGGAGGAACUCAAGCACUUUAAGGGCAUUCAUCAGGACUACUGGGAAAAGCUCUUCAAACAGGCUGUGUCUGGAGGUGAGGGUCUGCCCGUGGCGGUGCAGUGUGUCGCCCUGCCGUGGCAGGAUGAGCUCUGCCUGCGCUUAAUGAAGGAGGUGGAACAGCUGGUUAAACAGAGCAGAAAGUAAAGUCUGGAGGCCACAUGUUGGGCUGCUAACUUCAGGGUCUUCAGAUCAAAUUUGUUUUGAAUACACCCAGUGAAUGUGAAAAACACAAACAACUACACCUGUUAAUCACAAUAAAUCAAAAGUAAAUAUGAGUAGGAGUUAACACAAUUAAUAUUGCUUUAGCAAAGGUAUUUGAGUACUUGAAAAUCUUUAAUAUUUUGAGUUUCACUCUUCUGCUCUACAAGGAUAAACUUAGGCAUUUUCUGCUCUUUGGCUUUUUAGAGUCUUAAUAAAGAUUUAAUAAAUGCUAAUAGUGAAACUGUUAAAGGGGACAUAUCAGGUUCAUACUUGUAUUUUGGAUUUCUACUAGAACAUGUUCACAUGCUUUAAUGUUAAAAAAAUACACUUUAUUUUUUUAUUCAUACUGUCUGUCUGAUUAAACCUCU